UUUCGUAACAUCACAUGUCAGAUCUAGUAGGAUAGCGGUGCGCUCCAAGCCUGACUGCUCACUGUACCGGUGGAAACAGCAGGGUAGCGCGCGAGGAGGGAAAGCGGCCGCUCAGUGCCGUUAACUACAGAGUCCAAGAUCUGCAAGUAGACUCUCGUUGCGAACUGAGUCACAGCAAGAAAAGCCUAAAACUUUUUUGUAUCGCUUCCGUAUUUCAAAAUGGCUGACCCUGUGCGAGAGAACAACGAUGAAGAAGGGGGCGAGCCUAUGAGGGGUUUCGCAAGACAAGGUGCCCUCAGACAGAAGAAUGUGCACGAGGUGAAAAACCACAAGUUCAUCGCGCGCUUCUUCAAGCAGCCGACUUUCUGCAGCCACUGUACGGACUUCAUCUGGGGGUUCGGUAAGCAAGGAUUUCAGUGUCAAGUGUGCUGCUUUGUGGUGCACAAGCGCUGCCAUGAAUUCGUCACCUUCUCCUGUCCCGGCGCGGACAAGGGGCCUGCAUCCGAUGAUCCGCGAAGUAAGCACAGGUUCAAGGUCCACACCUACUCCAGCCCCACCUUCUGCGACCACUGCGGCUCGCUGCUCUACGGACUCAUCCACCAGGGCAUGAGAUGCGACCACUGUAUGAUGAACAUACACAAGCGGUGUGUGGCCAACGUGCCGAGUCUGUGUGGAACAGACCACACCGAGAGGAGAGGCCGCAUCUACAUCACUGCCGAAAUCAAGAACAAUGUGCUGAAAGUCAGCAUCAAAGAGGCUAGGAACCUGGUUCCCAUGGACCCUAACGGCCUGUCGGACCCGUAUGUAAAGCUGAAGCUCAUUCCGGAUCCGAAGAGCGAGACCAAGCAGAAAACCAAGACCGUUAAGUGUUGCCUGAACCCAACGUUCAACGAGUCUUUUACAUUUAAUCUGAAGGAGUCCGAUAAGGACCGCAGGCUGUCGGUGGAGAUCUGGGACUGGGACCUGACCAGCCGGAACGACUUCAUGGGCUCCCUGUCCUUCGGCAUCUCCGAGCUGCAGAAGAACGGCGUGGACGGCUGGUUUAAGAUGCUGAGUCAGGAAGAGGGGGAGUACUUUAACGUUCCUGUCCCACCGGAGGGGGAGGAGGGAAAUGAGGAGCUCCGGCAGAAGUUUGAGAGGGCCAAAAUUGGUCCAGCCACAAAGAAGAUGGACAGCUCCUCCUCCAAUGCCAUCUCUAAAUUCGACAGCAAUGGCAACCGUGACCGCAUGAAGCUCUCCGACUUCAACUUCCUCAUGGUGCUGGGGAAGGGCAGCUUUGGGAAGGUGCUGUUGGCAGAGCGUAAAGGGGUGGAGGAGCUGUAUGCCAUAAAGAUCCUGAAGAAGGACGUGGUGGUCCAGGAUGACGAUGUGGAGUGCACCAUGGUGGAGAAGAGGGUGCUGGCCCUGUCCGGCAAACCGCCUUUCCUCACCCAGCUCCACUCCUGCUUCCAGACCAUGGACCGCCUGUACUUUGUGAUGGAGUACAUUAACGGUGGGGAUCUGAUGUACCAGAUCCAGCAGGUGGGGAAGUUUAAGGAGCCGCACGCUGUGUUCUACUCAGCAGAGAUUGCCAUUGGCCUGUUCUUUCUGCAUCUGAAAGGGAUCAUUUACCGGGACCUGAAGCUGGAUAACGUGAUGCUGGACUGCGAGGGUCACAUCAAGAUCACCGACUUCGGCAUGUGCAAAGAGAACAUGUUAGAGGGAGUGACCACCAAGACCUUCUGCGGCACACCCGAUUACAUCGCCCCCGAGAUCAUCGCCUACCAGCCGUACGGCAAGUCGGUGGACUGGUGGGCGUUCGGCGUGCUCCUGUACGAGAUGCUGGCCGGGCAGCCCCCGUUUGACGGAGAGGAUGAGGACGAGCUGUUCCAGUCCAUCAUGGAACACCACGUGUCCUACCCCAAAUCCAUGUCCAAGGAGGCGGUGGCCAUCUGCAAAGGGCUGAUGACCAAGCAUCCUGCCAAGAGGCUGGGCUGCGGGCCGGAGGGGGAGCGGGACAUUAAGGAGCACGGCUUUUUCCGUUACAUGGACUGGGAGAAGCUGGAGAACAAGGAGGUCCAGCCGCCAUUCAAACCUAAAGCAUGUGGCCGGGACGCCGAGAACUUUGACCGUUUUUUCACGCGCCACCCACCGGUGCUGACCCCGCCCGACGAGGAGGUCAUCAGCAACCUCGACCAGGACGAGUUCCAGGGGUUCUCCUUUAUUAACCCCGCGUACCCUCCCCAGGAAGCCCAGAGUUAAGGACUCUCAAAAAACAAAGAAACAAAAAAAUUAAGCAUGAGCCUCUUAGCUGAAAUUGAAUACCUGUUCAUAUGCAUGUGCACAGUUAUCAACAUGUACAUAUAAAAAGAAAAUGAAAAAAAAAAAAGCCGGUAACAUUUAGAACUGACAGGUUUGAAUGUUUAUCAGUGAAAAUAACCACUAACAAUAUCAUGUGGGACUUCUGUUAGACCUAAAUUCAGUUUUAUCAGCAAAUGAACACAUUAUAAUCAAGCUAUUGACCUGCUAGGUAACCCUUAUGUUUGCUGAAUGUACGCACCUUAUUUGCUUUUAUUUGUAUUUUUCACAGAACGCAACACAUUCUUCUUUCCCGUUGUCAAUCAUUCCAGCCUAUGCAAUGUUGAUUGCAUAGCAUUUUGUCUUUUGUCUGAUUAUGGAACCCCAUAAUCACCAGCUUCUCUGACCUUUAAGUAAUAUCUGGGAAAUUAAAUGUUGCCGUAUGGCUUUGUUCAUUUUAUGAAUUUUUUUGUUUUAUGGAAUGAAGGCUGUUCCAGAACAAAACCAAAUCUGGGACUAAAAAAAAAGAACAAAAAAUUUGCAUGAGCUUUUUUGUUGUAAAUUCUCUCUCUUAAACAAUGUAGUUAGAUUGAGACUAUAAUUAUAUUUAAUCAUAUAAUAAUAUUAUAAUCAUACACACACGAGUGAUUAAAAACAGGGUUGUUUAUUUAUUUAUUAUGUUUUGGUUUAAGCAUGAAAAGAUUAUGUUUAAAGGAUGAAAUCAUUCAAUUCUUUUGUCACUGUAAAAUGGCACUCAGCUGUAGCUGCUUGUAAAUAGUAGCUCCAUUGCUCUUCCUCUUAAAGAGACAGAAAUCUCACCCCUAGCUCCGCCCUCUCAGUGCACAUAAAUAAUAUACACCCCUGGGAAGAAAGGGAGUUCUGCCUUCUCAUCAUUGUCUGUGACACUUUAUCUACUAGGCUGGCUCAUUAUACCCCUUUCCCACUGUAGAACUGGAAUCAGGCUGGCUCAUUAUACCCCUUUCCCACUGUAGAACUGGUACCAGGCUGGCUCAUUAUGCCCCUAACCCACUGUAGAACUGGAACCAGGCUGGCUCAUUAUACCCCUUUCCCACUGUAGAGCUGAACCAGGCUGGCUCAUUAUACCCCUUUCCCACUGUAGAGCUGAACCAGGCUGGCUCAUUAUACCCCUUUCCCACUGUAGAGCUCUGACCAUUGUCAUGACUAAAGUGGAUGGGGUCAGAGGUCAGGGUGGUAUGAACAGUGUGUGCGUGUGCGUGCGUGUUUCGAAGAGAGAAGAGGUCUACUAGAAAAAGAAUGUGACAGAGGGUACAAGAAAAAAAGAAAGAGAGAAAAUGUGAGAGAGUCAGAGUCUGACAGAAAAGUGAAGGAACAGUGCCUGUAAUGUCUGACAGCCCUGGGCCUAUACCCAGGAGAAAACUAAAAUGGCACUGUUUGGGCAUCCUUAUUCACUGUUGGCUAGUACUGGGUCCUGCUCCCCUGGUAAAUACUGGGAGGCAGAGGCAGUGAUGUUGGGCAGCAGGCACACCUAGGUUUUGACUGAAGAGCUUUGGUUUGGAAUAGGACAUGUCCAGCUAAAAUUCCCUUUAGAGUAUUCGAUAAAUAACUUCCAUGGCAAAUGUUUUAAAUGCAUACGCUGCGUGCAUUGCAUGAUUCAGAUUCAGGUUGCUGGUAAAAGCUUGUACAUCAUUUAUAAGAGCAGCCAGGAAGGGAUGACACACACACCCACACACAGCUGUGCGAGAGUCUUAGACCAGUUUUGAUUGAAGUUUUACUCAGAUGUGUAAGAAAGCUGAAAAGUUGAACUCGGUGUGAGUGCUCCUUGAGGGAAAGAACAUCUGCUGGAGUACUGCACAACAUACCUUAAAUAUACCUUAUAGUUGGCAUGUCAUUCCUUCAAAAAACUCAGAAAUUCGUCUUGGGAAAAGAAUUAUCUCAAACUCCUGUGGAAUGAGGUUCUAGGCUCCUUUUCGGACUUACCACAGGUUUUUACAUUUUUACAUUUAUUCCCAUGAAUAUCAAUUCAGGUCCAGUGAUAUGCUACACAUACACAGACACACACACUUAACUGUUCUCUUGUGUGGUGUAGUGCACUUAGUAUGCAGGACGUGUCUCUUCCUCAGAAAUGCUAUUUUCUUUGUCUGCAGCCAAGGCUAAUCCGUGGUCGACAGUACUGAGCAAGCUUUGCAGUGCUGACAAGGGUUUGGUUCUGUAACUCCCACAGUGACCACACAGCCAAUCAGACACCAGUCUCCCACCUUCCGGAGAAACAAAUUCCCCACCAAUUACAACUGGAAAUUACUGUCCACCGUUACAAACUGAUACAAUUCUCCCAGUCUACUUCUGUCAUCUGCAAUGGUCAUUUUCUAGUUGUGGAAACUAUCUGUGAAUGACUGCUAUUUCGUAUCUUAUCUGUAUUAGUAUGAAGGACAAGUGUGGCGAGCACAGCUGCUGAAUGACCACGUUUCUGCUGUUUUUCUUUUUUGCUGUUUGCUUCAGCCUCUGCUGUUAAUUACACAUUUAAUUGCUUUAAUUAGCAUAAUCACUUAUUCAGAUUUACCCAUUUCCACAUUUGUACAAAUGAGCAAAAAAUCAAGGAUUAUGCUAGUGCCCUCUCUGUAUUUAAGAACUAGUCUACUGCUGUGUGUUUGUAUGUUUAAACAUACAAUUUCAAUAUUUAAAUAUAAAUUUUAACCUGUCCACACAAUUUUUACGUCCCAGGUUAUAAUAAACACUGCCAGCUUCCCACUGUCCUUGAAAUUAAACGUAAAAAAUAUAUAUCAAUUUUGCUUGCUGAUUAACUAGGUUGACAAGCAUGAUACAAGCAUAUCAAGCCAUGCUACAUCAAUGCGCUAGCAAAUUGAAUAGCAUUCCACAACCAGAAGUCAAAUACCACAAGUAACUUCCUUCUAAAUUUAUGUCCAUCUCAUAAACAUUUUCCCCGAAGUAGCCCUUGCUAUUGUACCAAAACGAAUUCAUGAAAACCUUACAGUUGCCCUUAAAAUGUCAUUGAAUAGUUGGGGAAAACAUGAACCUGCUUUUAUUUUAUCUUAUGUGUUAUCUUUUAUUUUACCCGGAAAAAAAUCCAUCAAGUCUUUUAUAAAAGGGGGCCAAACAUAGUCAACAGUAAUAAUGCCAGUAAGGUACACUGUAAAAUGUCCGAAGUAAAUUCAACUCCAGCAGUUUGUCCCGCUCUGUUCCAGACCAUUCUGUGCUGAGCGUGCAAUUAACACGGGACAUUUUACUGUGAUUGACUCUGAUCAAGAGUCUGAUCAAGAGUCAAUUGUAGUUGUUUCACAUUCCUGCCAAAAUCAGUGUUUAGUUUAUUACAGGGCUUUAAUAUGUUUGUGUCUCAGAACAGUGUCAAACUAUAUCAGUAUAUGCAUAUGUGCUCAGUAUUGUAACAAAAAAAGGAUGUUUAUAGUUUAUUUGUGGAUUUAAAAAAAAAAAUGUAUAACUCCAUGUUAUACUUCAACAUAUUAAGAGCCUUGUGCAUGAAUUAUUAACUGAAGACUGUGAUCUCAUGCUAUAUUUGACCAUCAGCGCUUACGUGAAUGCUUCGAGUUAUUGUGUGUGCUGUGUACACUAUAUCUCAAAUGCUAUUAAUGUGCCUGAGUGUUUUUAUUUUUUCAUAAGGCAUGAAUGAAAUAAAACCUCAACAUGA